CAAUGCUUCGUGCAUGGGGCUUGACUCUUACCAGCUUAUACCCAGUCACGUGUACCUAUCAUCCUUUCACAGUCACCAAUGCAAGAAUUCGUCGCGUCUGAAAGCAAAUGGCUUACGAGUGAUGCGGAUCAGCUGACUUUUCACAAAGCUAUUUCAGUCAAGCUUUCGGCCAAUCGCUUAAUUGGUCAAGAGUGAAUCAUCGAUUGCGCAUUCGCAACACAUCUGAUAGAGAAGAGUAGAGAGCAGAAUGAACAAUCCACAGCAUUGCGAGACAGAGCCGGUAUAUGAAUGGAUAAUUUAGACGCACGAGUAUAUACUCUUCUUAUUGAAUCAUAUGGUACAUCUAGAAUUAGAAUAAAUGCAACGCCACUAACAGCUAUAAAGAUACACGCAUACGGAUAUGGUAUACUAGUUUGAGGGUUAAUAAAACCAAAGUGAGGGAUAAGUAGCCCCUCCCCUAGACUUGAACGAGUCCCGUCGUCAUGAAUCGAUCUACAUGCGAUGGACAUCCUCACUGGAAGACAGCAUAGCGAGAGCGUUAAUUUCGUCUGUGUUGGCGAUGGUCAGACUAAAAUUUGGGGGACGACAUGACAAGUAGCAGACAUGACACUUGGCAGUCUGAUAACGCAACAACGCAGACCCAGGGAUGGAGGCAGGCUGGCAUGCCUGGAAAAGUGCACAAUGGAAAUUGGACGGAGUGAGUGAGAGAGAGAGAGUUCACAGAAGCAUUUGCUCAAGCAAGAAGUCAAGAUUUUCGAAGAAAGUGAUGGGACAAGGAAAGGUGGAAACACUUCGUGAAUCACCUCCCUUUGAGGUGCAGGAACGAGGGAAAAUUUUCUUCUUCUACAGACCGAAAGUAAACAUGGAUUCCGCUCAUAGCGUUGAUGACAUUCAACGCAUGUACUUAGUUCUGAGGCCAGAAUCUGGGGAGAAUGGAGUCGAGGAGAAGCAAAGUAGCCAGUCUGGGAAGGAAUCCAAGUUCAACGAAAGUAAACAAACUGAGACGAAAGAUGACAGCGCGGAAGAGGAAAGCUAUGCAGGAGCAGGCACCGACAGCACAGACAAGUGCAAUGAAAGAGCUCGCCCAAAGACAGAUUCGUAUGAGGUUGGAAUUGGUACAAUCGGAGACAAACUCAAUGAGGCCAAAGACUGUCGCCGGGACGAGCAAGAAACAGAGUCUGAGGACGAAGCAUCGUCGAAAGCACAAAGUAAGAGGAGGAAAAUAGACGAUGGAAGCGACAAGCAGUUCGAGGAUGAAAGAGUAGCAGGAAAUGGAUCAGAGAAGGUGGACAUUGCAAAGCAGACACUGCUGAGACUUUUAGUGAUUGGACGGAAGAGCUUGCCUGACCCUUCAAAACGAAGUCGGCCUUAUUGGGGGUUUGUCGAGCUUGUGACAACAGACGCUCAAGAUGUAAGGCAAGCACUCGCCGAAGAGACGUACGAAACAAAGACAAGGGGUCAGAGAGAGAAGCCUGCGUGCAGACCAGUCGGAGAGGGAAUCUACAUGCUAGUUCGUCGCAAAGACGGGAAGAAUGUGCACACGCACUUGAUAUACAAGUUGGAGCUCCCAGGACCGGAUGAACAUCACGAACCUCAAGAAGCUUUGAACAUCGAGGCAGAGGGAUCGUACCUCAUUCAGAUCAAGAAUCCGGAGCAGAGUAAUCCUCCCACUCAAGGUUUGCAGAACAAGAGGAAAGCCACGUAUCCUGCUCAUCUGCAAGAUCACAUUGGCUCCUAUAGCUUUGUAGCUGCUGAUCCUCCUGACUUUCUCAACUACGAAGGUUGUGAAUUCAUCCUAAUUUCAGCUUCCAAUGACAUCGAAGAGGAACUGGGUCUGGAGCUGGGAGGUGAACACAUGGCUACUAAGGAGCGGUCGGACCUUUUAAGUCUUUUCGAUGGGUACAACAACGACAGCAAAGCUCUCAUCACGCCCUUGAUAGAAGGGGAAUGGGCCUGAAGGCCAAGAAACUUAUCCAGAGUGAGACAUCAAUUCGAGAGGAAGUGAUUUGGAAAUCGGUUUUCAGUCCCGGUUCAGUGUAAUUUCCAAAAAACCGCAAAUUCAAGCUUUUUCACUUGGUCUGUGUCAUGGAUUUUUGAGAGAUUAAGAAAAGAGAUGUUU